UCACUCUAACAUUUCUCCUCUCUCUCACUAGAGAAAAAAAAAAAAAAAACCCUAGCAGAGUCCCUCACCGCCGCCGCGAAGAUGCAGAUCUUCGUGAAAACCCUAACGGGCAAGACAAUAACACUGGAGGUAGAAUCCUCCGACACGAUCGACAACGUGAAGGCCAAGAUCCAGGACAAGGAAGGCAUCCCGCCGGACCAGCAGCGGCUCAUCUUCGCCGGAAAGCAGCUGGAGGACGGCCGCACCCUCGCCGACUACAACAUCCAGAAGGAGUCGACGCUCCACCUCGUCCUCCGCCUCCGCGGCGGCGCGAAGAAGCGCAAGAAGAAGACGUACACGAAGCCGAAGAAACUGAAGCACAAGAAGAAGAAGGUGAAGCUCUCAGUUCUGCAGUACUACAAGAUCGACGAUUCUGGAAAGGUGCAGAGGCUGAGGAAGGAGUGCCCUAACGCGGAGUGCGGCGCGGGUACUUUCAUGGCCAAUCAUUUUGACAGGCACUACUGCGGUAAGUGUGGCCUCACCUAUGUUUACGCCAAGGCUGGUGGCGAUUGAGAUUUUUUUUUAAUUAUGUUUUUGCUUUAUUAUUAAGACUUCUCUUUUUUUUUUUUUGGGAUUGUUAUACCGUUUUUUGUUCUAUCGUUUCUCUGGACGGAAUUCUCUGUUAUUAUUUAGGUUUUGUUUUUUUUUUUAUUAUAUGAAGUUGAACUUUGUAUUUGAUUGCAUGGUUUUUCAAUCUUAAAUCAGUUUGCAAUUAAAUGUCA